AUGACAGCGCCUCGUUUUCCCGGCCGGCUAUCACGGCUUGCGCUUCUGGCCCUCGUCUUGCUGACCCUUACUUCAGAAUGCACGGGUCGACGCCAUCAGUUGAAACUGCGUCACGAAGUGCGCUCGCAUUUUGUCAUCUCCUCCUUCGGCCUGCUCCAGGAUGGCCGCAUCGACCUUCGUGUUCGAAAUGUGCGAAACCUGUACUCCUAUCCAUUUAUUCGCCUGGUCAUACCGUUUUUGAGCAUUGGAGGGUCUCACGUUUGCUCAAGAUUGCUCAUCCGCAAGGCACGCAAAUUGGAUUUGUGGUCCACCGUGCCAAUCAAGAAUCCAUUCAAUAUGAUGUGGCUGCUUGAAGAAGGGGACUUUGGACUCACGGGUGUCAACACGACGUUUAUUAACGAGUACCUGGACACUUCGAACCGGUCCUGGUCACAGGUCUCGAUUACGCUGUCAAGUGCCGCUGCCGAGGACUUUUACAGCAUCAGCUUUGUGGGGUGCGGCAUCCUUGCCCCAGGUUUUGAUUUGGACCUUGAGAUUGUAGAGGUGAAUCAUGGCAAUGAGUAUCUCGGGGCUGGCCGCAGCGGACUCCCGGCUGUUUUCAUUUCCGGGGCCAUCAUCUUCGGCUUCGCCACCAUUGCGUGGGCUUCAGUGCUGUAUCAUCAUCGCGAUUCGCAAUAUCUUUUCAAGAUCCACUAUCUCAUGUUGGCACUGGUCUUUUUCAAGUUCAUGGCUGACAUGUUUCGGGCCAUCGACUACAGCGUCAUCUCUAAACACGGCACGCCUGAGGAGGGCUGGGCCAUCACCUAUUAUAUCCUAAAUUUUGCCAAGGGCAUGCUGUUGUUCUUGACCGUGUUGCUGGUUGGCGCGGGCUACGGUCUCAUCAAGCACGUUCUCGUGACCUAUGAAAAGUAUUUCAUCGUUGGCGUGCUAGCCAUUCAAGUUUUGGUCAACACGGCGCAGAUUGUACUCGAAGAGGCUGACAUUGGUUCCUCUGCUCGCGACUUUUGGCGUGGACUGGGCCUGCUUCUUGACCUGGUGUGCUGCGUAGCCGUUUUGGUACCUGUUUUGUGGUCCAUCCGUCAUCUGCGCGACUCGGCUGCAGUGGAUGGCAAAGCAGCACUGUCGCUGCGCAAGCUGCACCUUUUCCGCCGCUACUACAUCCUUGUCCUGCUUUACAUCUACGUGACUCGGGUCUUGGCGUAUCUUGUGGAGCGCAUGUUACCCUUCCGCCUCAUUUGGCUUGCGGCUCUGAUCGAGGAGUUGACGACGCUGGUCUUUUACAUCAUGACGGGCAUGACCUUCUCGCCAAGCGCCCAAAACGAAUAUGUGCGCUUGUCCAAGGACGACAGCGACGACGAAGACGAGGAGGUUGAUCAGAUGGAGAUGCAGCCGGCAACGGACGCUGCGGCCUCCACACUCUCCCACACCCGCAAGGGACAAAGCCGUCUGAAAAAUCUUGAAGACCAACGCCGGCGGCGUGAGGAAGAGGCUGAGCUGCGUCGACAAGAGCGCCAAGACGAUUUGGACGAAGUGCUGAGUGAUCUUGGCAUCCCCAUGUACGUUCCGACUCCCCAGUUCAUGCCAUUGGUCAGCGCCACCAACAACGCCAAGCAUGCGUGCCGUUGA